GACACCGCCCAUUUUGCUCAGUUUUUUCGUUCUCCAAAAUUGCUUAUAAAGAGGACGUGUGACCGGAUCACGACAGGACCGUGUUUGUUCCAAGUUUCGAGUACGUUCAACGUGACGAUAUGACAGCUGUCUUGUUACAGCAACGUUGUUCCCGGGCCUCACGUCGAAAUCUGCCUGGCCUGCUUCUUUCUUAUGUAUCGAACUGAGUUAACUUCUCAUCUGGCAAACGCGCGCUCGCAAAACUAAUGGAAUGAAUUCUCAUGACUCUUUAUCGCUGCGUACGGCACGCUAAGAAGGGGAUCGACUUGUCGGAAAGAUCCCGCCGUUCUAUGAUACAUUGGUAACCGGCAGCCGCCCCCAGAGUCUCAUGGGUGUUGUUUGUGUACGUAUGCUAUCCUUUCUCCAUCUGUCAAAGUGAUAACUGACGGAAGAACUGGAAACAAAACUCCCAUUCUGUGCGAGACAGAUCUGAAAUUUGCAUAAAUGUACGGGCACAUGUCAUUCAUGUGGCAACGGGUAGGAUUGAACCUUCCCUCAAUCCACGAUUGAGCCGGCCCAGGCUGAUCUUGGCGUGGAUUGAUGUGCUCAAUGCGAUCUUUCGGUUGACACAUGACAGGCCAAUCCUUCUUAUCCACCGGGUUUUCAGGUCCUCCAGCGGUUCAGGUUCGUAUCAUUAAGAAGUUUGGAGCCAUAUUUAUGGUGUGAUCAGUGCCUCACCGUCAGACCACCAGAAGAUGUUCUGAACCUUGAUCUUGCAACCCCUUGAUAGCUGAAAACUGUGUGAAGAUGGCAUCUUUGAGCCCUCCUUUUAAUGCUGGAAAUCACUGCGAAGUUCUUUCAGGCCCUUCUUCGACCUCUAGUGCACCAUGUCCGACGUAAAGGUUGAUACUCUGAGCAGCAUCGAGAAGGCAGUCGAAUCUACUCCACCGUCUGAGCGGAGUAGCACACCAGAGCUAACCUAUCCCGAGGGUGGCUUGAAAGCUUGGUUGGCUGUGCUCGGAGCUUGGCUGGUCCAAUUCUCGACCUUCGGCUACACGCAAUCGUUCGGAGUGUUCCAAGACUUUUAUGUUCGGGACUUCCUGAAUAAUAAAACAUCGUCCGAUAUCAGUUGGAUUGGAAGUAUUCAAGUCCUGCUAGUAUUGUCCAUAGGUUUUCUUACUGGAUACGGCCUCGAUAGAGGAUAUUUCUAUCUCCUUAAUACAAGCGGCAGUGUCUUGCUUGUGUUCUCCCUCUUCAUGCUAUCGCUGGCUCACCCUCACCAGUGGUAUCAGGUCUUCUUGGCGCAAGGACUCGGUGCUGGUCUAGGUGUAGGCCUGACCUAUGUGCCUGCAUUGGGUAUUCUCUCGCAUUACUUUGAGAAACGUCGGGCUCUUGUAAUGGGUAUUGCCUCAUCUGGGUCUUGCAUCGGAGGCAUCGUUCAUCCUAUAAUGCUCAAUCGUCUCUUUGAGUCGGUCGGGUUUGCUAAAGGUGUGCGAGCAAGUGCGGGGCUGAACCUUGGCGUGCUUUUCGUCGGUUGUGCACUCAUCAGAACCCGGUUGCCUCCCAAGCAAGGCAUCGGUGCGUCUGCGAUUUGGUCACAAUCCAGACGCUUCGUGAAGGAUCCAGCCUAUGUCCUUACGCUCAUCGGGUCGUUCCUUAUCGUUCUCGGAAGUUUCUUCCCAAUUUUCUUCCUGCAACUCGAUGCCAUUACUCGUGGUCUCAGCCCCGCAUUCGCAUUCGAUACUCUUGCAAUCUUGUAUUCCGGGUCCUUCUUUGGACGUAUAAUUCCCUCUUGGCUUAGUCGACGCUUCGGGUUAUUCAACACCAUGAUCAUAUGUACGACCGGUAUUGUCGCAAUGCAAUUCGGCAUGAUCGGUGUCACGACAGUGGGCAGUACCAUUGCCUUUGGUAUCCUCUUCGGAUUCUUCUCUGGCGCCUUUGUCGCCCUAAUCUCACCCAUGCUAGCCUUGUUCGCCGAGGAUAUAUCUGAAGUAGGAGCCCGUAUGGGAAUCUGUCACUUGCUUAACGGCAUUGGCGGUUUCUUAGGUGUUCCCAUUGGUGCGGCGCUCUUGGGUGCCCAAAAUCGUUGGUGGAGGCCAAUCGUAUUCAGCGGCUGCUGUGUAGCAGUCGGUACUGGCCUGUUCAUAAUGGCUCGGAUGCUACUCGUAAAGCGCAGGGGAACUAAUUUCCUUUGAACGAUAUUCACGCAACUUAGGAUCUUGAUGUAUACGAGGUUGACUAUACUCAUUUUAAUGCUGUAAUGUUUAGGCUACCUGCUCUAGUACGUAGUAUGACAGUUUUGUUUGGAUUCUGCGAUACAGUAGCCUUUAGAAUGUUACUUUGUUUGUUUCGUUCUUGCCAUAGGCCGCAACGAUCACGAUCGUACGGUGUCGAUCAAAAGUAGAAAUUAAUGAUCCACCGUUAUGGCCCGUCCUACCGCCUAAGAUGA